UCUCUCUCUCUCACUGACAGCCCGGCCGGCUUUGUGUUGACGGAGGAGAAUCUCGUGGGGAAGAGGAACCCGUCGUCAAAACAUUACAGAGAGGUGGUCGCCCUUUCUGAGCUGUGGACAGAUUUGCCCCAAGGGAACCAUUCAGAAAUGUGGAUGAGUACAUUAGCACGUGUGGCCAGACCUGCCCUGCAGAGAGGAACCUCUGCCAUGGCCUGCCAGGCUCUGAGGGCUGGUGGUAGACCGAGGAGGCCUGCAGGUCCACUUCCCUAUUGUCUAACUUUGAUGCAGCUUCGUGGGCAGCAGACUCUUGGGUCUGCCGCCCUUCCUCUGGCUCGCCACUCAGUGAGACAAGUCCGGGCUCUGGAUGAGGAGAGGAUAAUGGAGGUGGAGUGGGAGGACGGAGGCCACAGUCUGUACCCGUUCACCUGGCUGAGAGACAACUGCCAGUGUCCACUGUGUACCCUGGAGUCUGCGCAGGCCCGCAAACUGUUGAUGUCUGGUCUAGAUAUCAACACUGGAGUGGACGUUGUGGAGGUCACUAAUGACAACAAGGUGUCCAUUGUGUGGCCCGACCAGCACACCAGUGUGUUUGAUGCAGAGUGGCUGAAGAAACGCUGUUUCUCGGAUGCUGCCAGACAAGCAAUGCAGGAAGAGCUUUUCAUCAAUAAGCGUUAUUACUGGGACUCCAAAUUGCACAUUCCCACCGCCGACUACCAGGAAGUGCUCCAUGACGAUAAGGCGGCGCUGGCCUGGCUGUUGGCGCUGCGCCGCGUUGGCAUCGUGUACCUGAAGGGGGCGCCGGCCGAGCUGGGCCAAGUGGCCCGCCUCGCCCAGAGGAUCGGCUAUCUCCGGCUGACGUUCUACGGGCACACAUGGCAGGUCCAGGACAAACCCAUGGCUAACAAUGUAGCGUACACUUCAGGAGGCCUCAGCCUCCACUCAGACUACCCAGCUCUACACUUUGCACCUGGAGUGCAGUUUCUGCACUGCAUCAGCCAGGCGGAGGAGGGGGGGGAGAGCGAGGUGGUGGACGGCUUCCACAUGGCAGAGCAGCUGCAGAGAGAGGACCCCGAGGCCUUCAGGACCCUCAGCUCGCUCCAGGUGGACUUCACCGACGGGGGCAUGGACUACUGCGACUUCCUGCUGCAGUCCAAGAAGAGCAUCAUCGACGUCAGUUCCACAGGUCGGGUGGAGAGGAUAAACUUCAACAACGCCACCAGAGACUCGGUUCUGGACGUGCCGCUGCAGCAGGUCCAGCCCUUCUACAGGUCGCUCAGGGCCUACGUGGACAUCAUGAACCGCCCUGAGAACGUGGUGACCUACAGGAUGAUGCCAGGUGACAUCGUGACCUUCGAUAACUGGCGGCUGCUCCACGGGCGGAGGCCCUACGUCAGUAAACCUGACCGGCUGCGCCAGCUGGAGGGAGCCUACCUGGACUGGGAUGAAGUCAUGUCUCGCCUCCGGAUACUCCGCAACUCUGUCCACGGGAACAUUUGAGCUCCAAAAACACUGCAGAAUUUAAAACGGUAGCUUUACAGCCCUAGCAGAGAAGCUGAGCGAUGUUGGGCAUCUUUAACCUGCGAGUCAAGCCAAAGCACAAAGAUAUUGAGGAAUCUGACAGCUGGUCAAGAUGUAAAUCGGUGACUCUAAAGUAGUCAAGCAUCACAUUGUAUACAAAGUUUAAAGACAGACACUUUUGAAACCUUUAGUGCAACACUUCAAUGCAAAGAUUAUGAACAUCACCUUGCUUUCAUGUUUCCAAGGUGCUCUGCGAUUCAGUCAUAGUGACAAAUAGGUUUUAUAAGCUUUAAUUUACAUAGGAGAAUACUGUAAUUAUGACUUUUUAUGAUUGAAAGAAAGAGAGAAAUACGUCAUUCCCAGUUCUAUGGUAAAAUAUUUGGCUCAAGACAACUUGGCUGCCUCAAACGACUCCCUCUUACUCGUGAAUUUCCAAAUUGUUACUCAGUAAACAUUGUUAGUGUCUACUAGUGUUUUAGAAUAGUGGUGAACCAGGGAGUGAUUUUCCUCUCCUUCUUAACUUCUGCUGCAGUGUCCCGCUCAGUCGUGUGCCGACACAAAGGAGCUGGUGUCCUUGACUCUCCCUCUGUCCUGUAGCGCUGCAGUCUGAAUGUAAAAUUGCCUUAAAGCUGCAGUACUACAAGUGGCAUUUGUAAAUGUGAUAGUCAGUUCAGCCUGGUUAUAGAUACAGGUACUUUCUACUUAACCGGCACCUGCCAACUCAGCGCUUUGUUUCAUCCUGAUAUGGAGAGUACGGCUUCUGUCCAAUCAAAACCCUGCAUUUCCAGAUUGGAAUUGUUUUAGACAGAAUGAAAGAUUGUUUUUUUUAUAUUUUUCAAAGAAAUAAACCACAUCAAAUGCACAAGCUGAAUAAACAACAGGUUUAUUUUAGCUGAUCAAAAGUAGAUGGGCUUAUAAAUCUCCUGAAUAUGGCCAGAGGUGCUCCAAGGAUGUAAAUCUUACAUUGAAAAAAUUAAACAGCAAUUUGUUUAUCCAGAAAUGAUGCCUUGAUUAUCUGGAUAAUCCACAGAUCUCAUAGUGGAACUACUUUUUAUCAAAUAAAUAGUUCCUGUGAAACUAUUGACAGAGCUCUCUGUGAUAUCCAGAGUAGAUUUUCUACUAAGUAUUUUUAAUGUUUCGAGCAGCACUUAUUAGAUGUUUUUUGACAUCAAAAUAUAUCCUGAGAUCCAAAAUGCUCUCUUUGGCUACCAUAGUGAUGAAACACAGUUUUUUUUAAUAUAAGUAAACUGAUCCUUCAAACUGUUUUUAUUAUGUUAGUAAACACCACCAUGUGCUCACGUGUCAUGUUAUUGAUCUCUUUACUCUGGAGUCGUCCUUAGCUUCAAAUCUUCUCCUGCUGCCAAAAACCUACUUUACUCCAAAUUCAUAUUUUGUAAACCUCAAGAUAAUAUGGACGAUGAUGAUGAUGAUGGUUCAGUCUGUCGCUGAUUAGAUCCUCAUUUUGCACACUCUUGAAUAAAAUAAUCAGUCUUAA